GUCUCUGCAUCAAUAAUUCUUCCAAUUUCUUAGUGAGAGGUCUGGAUCGUUGUAUGUUCCCACUUAACUUGUUCACUCCCUGCUUAGAUCCAACAGACUCGUCACUCGUUGUACCUUGCCCAAUUCGAUCAUUUAUCAUAUCUUAAGGCUGUGCCGAAGAUAUAUCACUCGUUGGAUUGCCUUCAUUUAUUGCUUCAUCGCUUUAUAUCAUUUGGAAUUUACCAACUAUCAACUUUCGUUAUUAGGAUCUUUCGUCCUUGAAUACAUAUUUUAACUAUUAUCAUUCAUCAAUUGAAUUGAGAUCUUUGAUUAGUAUCUCUUCAUCUUCAUAUCCACACACACAGACACACACACACACACACACACACAGACAAACUAUCUUCAACCUUACACUUUCACACAACCUAUCUUCAACCUUACACUUUCAACCAACCAACCUCAACACUACCUUCUACAAUCAACAACAUGCGUUCAUUCUCCUUCAGCAGCAUUCGCGGUUCUCUCCGUCGAUCCUCUUCUCCCUCCGGUAGUUCGAUAAACUCCAACUCCACCGGUCGAGAAUCCUACACCUCCCAAUCAUCAUCUAGUCCCAUAAACACCAUCAACGAUAUCAUGCAUCGACAACCAUCCAUGGUCGAUUUAGAAGAAGAAAAGAGGAGUUUCGGAAGUGGACUCGAGAUUCUAGAACCGAGACCUAUUGUUUAUUGGGGUGGUAUGGAGGAGAGAUUGGGGAGAUUUUAAAAAGUGCGAGGAUGGUGCAUCGAUAGUGGAUGCGAUAUGACGGGAUGAAAUGGUAUGGGAUUGAAAUGGAUUGGAAUGGGAAUUGUUACUUGUGGGAGAGGUCUUCAAUUUCAUUCCUCUAUGGCGUUUUGUAUUAAUGAAUACGGAUGGAUUGGUUGGUGGGUGGGUGGUUUGAUGGAUGGAAG